AUGGGCACAGAGACUUCUCAGCCGGAUGUCGAGGAACCGACGGAACCUCCUAUAUGUUCCUCUAUCCAUGAAGAACCCAAUAAACAUCAACCCAGCUCUGUCGUAGACCCCCAGGUCGGGGUAGACCGUACACCUGCUAACUACCAGGACUGGCACGCCUGCUACCAGCAUGCCCACACUAUCUCCAUCACAGAUACUGCCCGUAUUCUACGAGUUGAGCUACACUGGGCCACGAUAACACCGUCUCAGCGUAUUCAAUACUUGGCUAACACUUUCCUCUCCCCGGCCAGACAUGGGCUUAGUAGUUCCGAAGCGGCAUCUCGCCUUGAGCGGGAUGGACCUAACAAGAUUAAGAGUGCGGAGGGGAUAUCCAUGUGGAAAAUUUUGUUAAGACAGGUGUCGAACAGCUUGACCUUAGUACUCCUAAUAACCAUGGCCUUGUCCUUCGGAAUCGACGACUAUAUCGAAGGCGGCGUAAUAUCGGCUGUGAUUCUCCUCAACAUCGUCGUUGGUUUCGUUCAAGACUACCGUGCGGAGAAGACGAUUCUAUCUCUCCAGGCUUUAUCUGCCCCGACCUGUAAAGUUAUUCGUGAUGGGAGGAUCGACUCCAUCAAGGCAGAAACCUUGGUUGUAGGUGAUCUUGUCCAGCUGGCUGUGGGAGACAUGGUCCCUGCAGACCUGAGGCUGUUUGACGGGAUCAAUGCUUCUACCGACGAGGCACUCUUGACUGGUGAAUCAAUGCCUGUGUCUAAGCACCCUGAUGCUGUUUUCACCACCAAAGACAUGGCUGUGGGAGACCGUACCAACAUGGCUUAUUCCGGCAGUAUCAUGACCAGGGGCCGUGCAACUGGAAUCGUCAUCUCGACUGGCAUGAAUACAGAAGUCGGUAAAAUAGCCCAACUGCUCCGUGACAAUAAUCUCCAGGCCGAAAACGCCUCCCUUUUUGUUCGAGUCUGGGGCCGAUUUAAGAAGAGUUUCGACCAAAUCCUUGGUUUGGUAGGUACGCCUUUACAGGUGAAACUCAGCAAAUUUGCUUUACUACUCUUCGCCCUUGCUAUAUUGCUUGCUAUCAUCGUUUUCUCGGCAAAUAAAUGGCACGUCCAAGGAGAAGUCUUAAUCUACGGCAUAUGUGUGGCCGUGGCUGUCAUCCCUGAGUCACUCAUUGCAGUGUUGACCAUCACGGUCGCCGUUGGUACCAAAUCUAUGGCGAAAGGGAACGUGAUCGUUCGGAAACUGCAAGCGCUCGAAGCUGUCGGAGGAGUGACCAAUAUCUGCUCUGACAAAACUGGCACGCUCACCCAGGGCAAGAUGAUUGCCCGUAAGGCCUGGGUUCCCGGGACGGGCACAUUAACUAUUCAUGACACAAACAGCCCAUUCGACCCGAAAAGCGGCUUUAUUCAAAUCGGAGGAAACGAGAUACAGCCGAAAGGCUUUGAGCAAACGUCAGCAAUGUCAAAGUUCCUUCGCAGCAUCUCCCUCUGCAACCUGUCGUCAGUGUAUCAUCCUGGCAACAAAACAUCAACGGAGGGUUCUUCAACCACUGACUCGAAGGGGGGAGACUGGGUUGCAGUUGGAGAACCCACCGAAAUCGCCCUCCAUGUUCUUGCUAUCAGAUUUGAUAUGGGAAAGCAGGCCGUGCUCAAAAAUGAUGGCCUAGAGCUCGUUUCUGAAUUUCCGUUCGACUCUGCCAUCAAGCGAAUGACUGUCAUCUAUAAGCAAACGGACUCGAAAGAUGCAGAAGCAUACUCUAAAGGUGCCACUGAGUCCAUGCUCCCCCUUCUAGCAGUUGACGACGAUAUGAAGCAAGAGAUUCGUGCAAAGGUCGACAGAAUGGCAGGCGAGGGCCUUAGAGUUCUAUGCAUUGCACACAAGACUAUACCCUCAGAGACCUUGGAUAACCUCCCAGGCCGCAAAGAGCUGGAACAACACCUCGACUUCGUGGGGCUCGUCGGCCUCUAUGAUCCACCUCGCAUGGAAACCGCCGGCGCGGUCCGUAAAUGCCAUAUGGCUGGUAUCACUGUUCACAUGCUGACAGGAGACCACAUCAAGACUGCGACGGCCAUUGCAUACGAAGUUGGCAUCCUCGGGAACCUGAUUCCAUCUGCGCAAGCAAGCAAAUUUGUUAUGGGAGCAGAUGAAUUCGACAAAAUGACGGACGAUGAGAUCGACGCCGUUGAAGCUCUACCGCUUGUUAUUGCCAGAUGCAGCCCAUCUACGAAAGUCCGUAUGGUAGAAGCUAUGCACCGACGCGGUGCUUAUUGUGUCAUGACCGGUGAUGGAGUAAACGAUUCGCCAGCAUUGAAACAUGCUGACGUUGGAAUUGCCAUGGGCAAGAACGGCAGCGAUGUAGCUAAAGCUGCAGCAGACAUGGUCCUAACUGAUGAUGAUUUUGCAUCCGUCGUCAAAGCAGUUGAAGAAGGACGCCGUCUGUUUGACAACAUUCAAAAGUUCUUGAUGCACUUGUUGAUAUCCAAUAUCGCUCAGGUUAUCCUUUUAUUGAUCGCACUAGCCUUCAAAGAUAACGAAGGAAACUCUGUCUUCCCACUCUCACCCCUUGAAAUCUUAUGGGCAAACUUGAUCACUUCUUCUUUCCUGGCCCUUGGUCUCGGCCUGGAGGAAGGCCAAGCAGAUAUCAUGUACCGCCCGCCACAUAGCUUACGUAUCGGCGUUUUCACGAAGGAGCUCAUCGUCGACAAGAUGAUAUAUGGUACCUUUAUGGGUAGUUUAUGUCUCGCAUCCUUCGCCUCUGUUGCCUACGGUGCCGGAGGUGGUGCGCUUGGAGAAGACUGUAACGAGGGCUGGAAUCCAUCCUGCGACAUUGUUUUCAGAGCUCGUGCUACCACCUUCGCUACGUUAUCGUUCCUCCUACUAGUCACAGCGUGGGAAGUGAAGCACUUUUCACGCUCGCUCUUCAACCUCGACCCUGCUCGUUACCCAGGUGCAUUCUCUAUUUUCCCAACCCUCUGGCGAAACAGGUUUCUUUUCUGGGCUGUCGCUGCUGGUUUUGUGACCUCCUUUCCCGUCAUCUACAUACCAGUCGUGAAUAAACUCGUCUUCAAACACAUUGCCAUAUCAUGGGAAUGGGGCAUCGUUGUCGGCUGUGUGGUCGUUUACAUUGCUUUGAUUGAAAGCUGGAAGGCAAUUAAGCGAGCAUUGAAGAUUGGAAGCGCCGCCGCCUCGUCUCUCACUAUGCAUGACGCGGAAAUGAGAGCUGGCUUGUUCUUAUCCGACAGUCUUCUUACCGAGAGUGCUAUUACUUCCCGGGAAGAUACGCUAGAGAAGAAGGAGUGA